UACUCUGUGCCUGUUGGCUGCUAAUUUAUUGGCAAACAAACACGUCUAAGUGCGAAAGUUAUUUCUAAAACAAAAACAUCGCUGCGAGGGACAGUUAAAAAGCACUAGCCGUUGUCAUGCCUCAUCAAAACCAUCAGCCGACGAGCAGCCAAAACAAUUUGACAUUUCUAAAAUCGAAUUACAAAUUCAAGCGCAGAGAGAUGAUGACCGCCACUCGCGCACUUCCGGCGACACCAAAGCCCAACCAAUUAGGAACAACAAUGUCAAAGACGUCAGCAAAAACAGCAGCAACAUCAACACAAUUGGCAAGAGCAACUAGCCACGAAUGUAGAACAAUUCUAAGUUUAUUUAUAGUAAGCGCAUGGAGCGUUUUGCAAGAGUUGGCCAAUUGCUAUUGCUGCCGGCAGGAUGACGAUGAAGAUCGCCGUAUUGGCCAUGGCCGUGACGUCAAUUGCUCUGACGAGGAGGUGUCAAUGGCACGUGAACAGCAACAACACCAACAGCAGAAACAGCAACAUCGGCAACACCAGCAGCAACACGAACACUCGGCCAGUUCUAGUCCAAUGAAAAGCAUGCGCUGCACGAGAGCAACACCAGCAGGCCCAGCAGCAACAUCCACCGGCACCGCAGCAACAUCGGCCGACACAGCAGCAACACCGGGAGCAGCAGCAACUUCUGGCCAUCAGUUGGUUGGACAGCCUUUGAUGGCUCUGUUAAUUGGAUUGCUGCUACUGAAUUUUCGCCUGGCGGCGGCUGGCACCUGUUGGCAGACGCACCUCGGCAGCGGGAAGUGCGGCCAGGUCUUCUCGACGAACAUCUCGAGGUCGGAGUGCUGCGGAGCCAGCCAGAGCUUUUCCUACACGGAUCGCGAGUUGAGCAGCGUAGAGUACUUCUUUGCGACGGCCAUUGGCGGCGGGGUGGAGUGUUCGCCCUGCAUGGAGAGCUGCAAGGGCUUCAAGUGCGGGCCCAACAAGAAGUGCGUAAAGCGAAAGGGUCGUCCGAAGUGCGUCUGUGCCCCCGAAUGUGGGGCAGCUCUGCGACGCAGGACGCAGGAUCAGGAUCAGGAUCGGGAUCAGGACAUGGUGAAGCCUCCCCGCGAGUCCCGUAGUCUAAGUAGCGAAAAUUCCAACUUCAAUUUAGGUUUAGACGGCGGCGGCCAACGCCAACGUGCCAAUGAUAACCAAAGAAAGCAGCACCGGAGACUUUUGAUCAUAGACAGCAGCAAUUUGCCUCGGUCCCAGUCUCUGCCCACCAAUGGCCAGAUGAGAAGGGGUCGGGUGGAGAUGACGGGCUAUGAGAGGCGCAGGCACAGAAACAGCCAUGGAAACGGCAAUGGCAGGCACUUAACAAGAUCAAUGACGACAGGAGCCAAUGACUCCUCAUCCGCGGCUGUUCCAGACAAGACGCCUGCGCAGUCGCCUGGUGCAGUCGCAGAUGCAGAUGCAGACUCAAUCUUGGCUGAGUCUGAGUCUCAGUCUCAGUCUAGACGCAACUUGGCAAAUGCUAAUGAACCCGCCAACGACAUUAAUAGACAGUCGACUCGAGUCAGACACCAGCAUGCCAGUGCCAGACGCAUCCAGCAUGCUCCAAAUCCAGACAAUGGGCAUAGGAGGAGGCUGGAUACAGAAGCCCGGUCGGCGAAUACCUCAUUGUCUGGCCCCGGAUCGUCGAAUCAUCGUCGGAUCUUUCAGCUGCAACGCGGAAGUGAAACGGCUGCGUCAUCGGACCUCGCUAAUGCCCAUGACUUGGCUCUUCUGGGCGGAAUCUACGAGCCCCUGCCGCUGCCGCACUCGAAUCCGGUUUGCGGCUCCGACGGACGCACCUACAACACCGAGUGCCAGCUGCGCAAGCGCGCCUGCCGCACCAACAAAGCCCAACUGGAGGUCGCCUAUCGGGGCCACUGCAAGAACAGCUGCAGUGGCGUCCAGUGCCUGAAGGGCUUGACCUGUGUGGAGGAUCAGUACAUGAUGCCGCACUGCAUCGCCUGCAGGAUCGAGUGUCCCUCGGAUAACCAGGAUACAGACUCCAGUUCGGUGUGCGGCGUGGAUGGCAAGACAUACAGGAGUGCUUGUGAUAUAAAUCGAAUGAUUUGCAAAAUUGGACGUUCCAUCGCAGUGGCAUAUCCGGGACCCUGCCGAGUGGGCCGCGUGACCUGUGCAGACAUCAAGUGUGGGCCGAAGGAUAACUGCCUGGUGGAUCUGCAGACGCGCCAGCCGCGAUGUGUGUCCUGUCGCUACAAGUGUCCGCGGAAGCAGCAGCGACCGGCACACAAAAUAUGCGGCUACAAUAACCAUACAUACAACUCGUGGUGCGAGAUGCACAAGCACUCCUGCGAAUCCCGCUACUUCAUUGGCGUCAAGUCCCAGGGAAGCUGCUAGAGGAUUGGCCUGGGU